AUAAAUAUAGAGCUCUCUUAUCAUGAAUAUGAUCAGUGAAUUGUAUACCUACCUCAAUAUGUUACCAGAGGCAUAAUAAUAUUCUUCUUCUUCACCUUUCAUCAUCAUCAGCUUUAGUCUUCUUCUUCGUGAGCCUUUUUUCUCCGGUGACAAGGUGAGAACGGGAGUGCGAAUUAACGGAGACCGAGUAAUAUAACCAUCGACGUAAUUGUUUUGUUAAUACGCGGAAUGCUUUUUUCCGUUGGAUUCACUUUGGGCUAAGUCUACUAAAGCCCAUUUACAUCUUAUUAGGAGAAACCCAAAAUUAAUGGACCUGAAUCAUUCAUAUAUAAUUUACUAAUUUACCAUUUUACCAGAUCUGUGUGGACCAGUAAGUAUUUCAAGACAAAGGUAAUAAAACUGCCGCUCAUUUCUUCUUCACGUCUUUUCGCUCUCUCAUGAUCGCAUCCACCACUGUUUCACCAUCUUCUUUUUUUCCCAUAAGUUUCAGAGUUUCCAUCUCCACUGAAGAUCAUUAACUGUUUUGUUGAUUGGUCCUUCUCUCUCUCUUUUGCGUAAUAUCUUUUUCUUUUGCGUCAUAUAAAUAAUAUUUUUUUUUCUUUUACAUGCAUCAAGUUGGGGACUAUUCGAAACGGUAUCUUGCCAUGGUUACAGCCAAGAAUAAGGGUUCUGGUCGGAAUCAAGUCAAGAAAGGGUUUAGAAAGUUUUCGAAGCAGAUGGAGGGAUCGGAGAAAUUCAAAUCUCCGGAUAGAUUGAAUAAGAGGAAGCCUGACUUCAUAAAGCGCAAUAUCUACAUGAAGGAUAAACUUAAAAAGACGAUAAAUAAAGAUCAUGGCAUAUUCUGUUCUUGCUCUUCAUCUUCUGGCUCGUCAACUCUUUGUGGAAAAAAUUGCAAUUGCGAGUUGCUACUUUCAAGUUGUUCACCUAGUUGCCCGUGCAGAUGUGAGUGCACCAACAAACCGUUCCAACAAAGACAUAUCAAGAAAAUGAAAAUAGUCCAGACGGAGAAAUGUGGAUAUGGGAUUGUAGCAGAUGAAGAUAUCAAUUCAGGAGAGUUUAUCAUCGAGUAUGUUGGGGAAGUUAUCGACAAUGAGAUUUGUGUACAAAGGCUUAGGAAGCUGAAGCAUAAGGUGGAGACAAAUUUCUACUUGUGUCAGAUAAACAACAAUUUGUUGGUUGAUGCUACUUACAAGGGGAAUAAAUCGAGAUAUUUCAAUCACAGCUGCGACCCUAAUACAGUGAUGCAGAAAUGGAUGAUUGAUGGAGAGACAAGACUCGGCAUAUUUGCUACCCGUGAUAUAAACAAAGGAGAGCACCUGACUUAUGAUUACCAGCUUGUUCAGUUUGGUCCAGAUCAAGAUUGCCAUUGUGGUGCCGUAUGUUGCAAGAAAAAGCUUGGUGCAAAAGCUAGCAAAACUAAGAACAUACCCAAGGAUGAAGAUGUGAACCUAACGGCAUGCAAAGUAGUGACCCGUAAGCGGCCCAAGGUUAAAAAAACUCGAGGUAAAGACCCCCUGGGUUAGUAUUAGUUCUUCAGUCUCGGUGUUCGACAAGCUUCUCAGUUCAGAGGUCAAGUAUGAGGAUGGUGUUACCGAGAACAUUGACAUGUCCAGAGAAGUUUGGAAGUUCACAGCUGUUUGAUAUUUGCUUCAAGAUGCUUUCUGAUUCCAUUCUUUACCUUUUUAAUUUCUUUUGAAUUGUUGAAUUUUUUUCGUUAACUGGGCUGUAUUUGCUAUAAUAACCAACCAAACAUGGGUUGGUAAAGGAUGUGUUUCUUGUUAUAUCAAGUACCCAGUAUGUGUAAUCUUUCAUUCUUUUGGACCAAACAAAAUGUUAUUGAUAUUAAAACCGGGGUGUGUUUGGUUUA